AUGACUCUGGAGUCGGUAAAACGAAUCAUGACUCUGGAGUCGGUAAAACGAAUCAUGACUCUGGAGUCGGUAAAACGAAUCAUGACUCUGGAGUCGGAGAAGACAAAGGAAUUGGCACAGAAGCAAGCUCAGCAUCAGGACCCGGCCUCCCUGUCUCUCCUGUCCAUCAGUGAUCUGAUCCCAGACCUGCAGGUCGUAUUCUUCUGGAUGUCCAACAGUAUAGAGAUCCUCUACUUCAUCCAACAGAAGGCCCCAGCAUACACACAGGGCAUAGAGACGCUCGACUCUAAAGGUUCCAAGGAGUCGUUGCUAUCGGCGACCAUCUCAGCCAAUGAGGAGGCUAUGACCAUCCUGGAGGAAGUGAUCAUGUACACCUUCCAGCAAUGUGUCUACUACAUCACCAAGUCCCUGUACGUAGUACUUCCUGGUCUACUGGACUGUAACCCGUUCCCAGUGGACAGCUCUGAACCCUGCUGGAGAGGAGGUACAGGAUUUCCUGAGCCCGUUCGCAGGGUCCUGCAGGUGUUCCAGUACAGUCAGGAGCUACUCCAGGGCUACCAGGUCCACCCAGAGGUCCAGGCCCAGAUGUUCUCCUACCUCUUCUUCUUCUCCAACGUAUCUCUCUUCAACCAGCUCAUGGACAAGGCUAGUGUGGUGAGAGGAGGAGUGGGGAGACCUUCGACUGGAAGCUAUUGUGGUGAGAGGAGGAGUGGGGUGACCUUCGACUGGAAGCUGUGUGGUGAGAGGAGGAGUGGGGAGACCUUCGACUGGAAGCUAGUGGUGAGAGGAGGAGUGGGAGACCUUCGACUGGAAGCUAGUGUGGUGAGAGGAGGAGUGGGAGACCUUCGACUGGAAGCUAGUGUGGUGAGCGGAGGUGGGGUGACCUUCGACUGGAAGCUAGUGUGGUGA